AUUCAGGGAAUUCUUCGGGGUUAUGGUCUUCCCUGGAGUUAUGGCGAUUAUCAUCGCACAACAUUCCAACUCAAUCCUUCCGGUCUCUUGCCUGACAACGUUGAGCCAUCUUCAGUGCCUAAGCCGGAGAGCAUGAAGGUGCUUCAUGUCAAGUACGCUCCAUCCGAGGACAAGCUCUAUAUUCCGACUGAGGGUGCGGUAAGGCAAAGUCUAGUUUGGGCUCCAACUUAUGUGGAUCGGACUCAAGCUGCUGUGGUAGAGGCAAGGCUCGGACAGGGGCCUAUCUAUUACUGUGGAGAUGUGAACGGGAAGGAUGGAUCAAACCAGCUGACGUUGUCCCUUUGCGGGUUCAAGGGAGAGUGUGCGCCCAUGUGA